GUCGGGUGUCCAUCAGCCUCAGGGCAUGCGGGAGCCUGCGGCGGGAGGAUGCCACUCUUCAGCUUCCCACGCCAGCCGUGCUAGGUGCACCCAUGUCCGUGCCCUUGGACCUUUGCUAGGAACACUCACUUGGUCUGCACCUGCUCGUCCUCCAAACGAUGCAUCCUGACUUGUCUCCACACUUGCACACUGAAGAAUGCAACGCCUUGAUUAACUUGCUUAAGGAAUGUCACAAAAAUCACAACAUUCUGAAAUUUUUUGGUCAUUGCAACGAUCUUGAUCGGGAAAUGAGGAAGUGCUUGAAGAAUGAGUACAUGGAGAAGAGGAACAGGAGCAGGGAGCACGGCGCUGCGAUGCGAAGCAGGCUUUCUGAUCCUCCAGAGGAAGCUGGAAGAUAGGCUCACUGGACGCCUCGGCUGGGAGACCUGAAGGUGGCCGGUAGCCAAAAAAAAAAAUCCCUUCCUUUUGGCCUCUAGGACCCUUUGAAUGGAAAGCACUCUAUGAAGAACUGAGCCGUGGAGAAUCAGGAGAAUGUGGGGUCCGGGACUUGCUGAACUUUAAUGCCAUGCACUGUGCCUCUGAAAGUUUCCUUCACUGCUGCCCUGAAUCCGUGUCCACCCAGGCCUGACUCGCCUCCUGCAAUAAAGGCUUAGCACAGUG